AUGUCUGUAUUCGUAGGAAAUAUUCCUUUCGAGUUAACAAUUGAAGAAUUUAAGGAUGCCUUCAAAGAAUUCGGCCCUAUUGAAGACGCUACAAUUCCAACAUUCCGCUACAGAGAUCAGGUCAGAUCUCAAGGACAUGGUUUCAUCGAUUUCGCAACUCCAGAAGCUAAAGCUAACUGUCUUAAUAGUGGAAAGACAAUUGUUAUCAAAGGACGCACAGUUACAUACCGUGAAGCGAAACCACGUCCAGUUUGCGACGACACAUGCUUUAUUUCUGACCUCCCAAUGGGUUUCACACAGGAAAACUUGCAGGAACUCGUUUCUCAAUUCCAGCCAGUUGAAGUUAAUUUAAUUAGAGAAAAUGAUGGUGAGCGUUCUGGUUUCGGCUAUGCUAAGUUUGCAAACUCAGAAGUCCGCGAUAUGGUUAUUAACACUUUGAAUAAUAAAGAACUUGGCAAUCAAAGAAUUCUUGUUCGUGCUGCAAAGAGACCAUUCACAGCAGAAAAGCCAGCUCGUUACCGCCGUCGCUACUAA